CGAGGCGGAGAGACAGACGAAGUGGACGUCGGCUGCCGGGUCGUCCUCGCGCGCGCCUCUCCUUCCACCCAAUGCUUUCCGCGACGAGCUGAGCCGACAUCUUAAGACAAUGGGUGCAUAUCUCUCAGAGCCGGUGACGGAGAAGAUCAGCAGCGACGAGUGCGGCGAGAGCUUGAGCUACGGCGCCAGCUCCAUGCAAGGCUGGCGAGUGUCGCAGGAAGAUGCACACAACUCCAUCUUGAGUUUUGACAAAGACGCCCACCUUUUUGCUGUCUAUGAUGGCCAUGGGGGUCAUGAGGUGUCAGCAUACACGGCUCUUAAGCUGCCUGACUUCAUCAAGGAGACGGAGGCGUACAAAAAGGGGAACUUUUCACAGGCCCUGACCGAUGCCUUCCUGGGUUUCGAUGCAACGCUCACAAAGGCCGAUGUUGUAAACAUUCUCAAACAGAUUGCUGGUACAAAGGAUGAGGAGGAAGAAAACUCAGAUUCUGAAACAGAGGAGGUGGACAACCUGUAUCGGGAAGCCACCAUGCCUCUGGAUGAGGUCAUGGCACAGUAUACAGAGAACCCUCAAAUUGCCAGAUGUAAAAAAGAGAAGACUGUUUCUCCAUUCCUGAAAGCCAAGAGCACCAGCAGUAGCUCGUUACAGUCUGAGGGACCAAUCGCACUAGACCUCGAAGAUCAAGGUGCAUCCUCGUCAUCUGCUCAGUCAUCAAAUGUAGAAAAUGAAUCAGCGAGUACAACUGACAGCAAAACAAAUGGCUCAGGGGACCAGAAUGGCACGCAGUCCGAGGGAGAAGCCGGUGUGAAUGGUGAGGAGGACAAACACAUGGUGAACGGUGAGCGCGCAGAGGAAGAGGAGGCAGCUGAUGCGAAACAUGAAGACAAGGACAAGGUUGAAGGGGAAGAAAAAGUGGAGAAGAAAGACGAGGAGAACAAAGUGGAGAAUGGUGAAGUUGUCGUAAACGGUGGUGAAGGUCUGGAAACGGGGAAGGGGAAGGGCAAAGGGGGCAAGGGAGGCAAAGGGAAGGCUGUGUUGAAAAACUCUGAGGUGCAGGCGAUGAAGGAAGCACAGGUCAAAGAGAGACGGCGAGUGGCAGCCAUGAAGGCAGCUGAAAUUUACCGCAAGAUCCAGGAAGGCACGGCAGAGGAGGACCUUAGUGACGAGGAGGAGGAAGAGGAUGACGACAAUUUUGAGGAUGAGGAUGAAUUAAAAAUUGUAGAUGGUUUUCCUGGCUUUGACAGUGGAUGCACAGCCUGCCUAGCACUGAUCAAAGACAAUGAGCUCUAUGUGGCCAAUGUGGGUGAUUCACGCUGCGUUGUGUCCAGAGAUGGCAAAGCCAUUGAGAUGAGUCUCGACCACAAGCCAGAGGACGAUCCUGAGGCAGCAAGAAUCAUUAGAGCAGGAGGGAGAGUAACAGCUGAUGGAAGGGUCAACGGAGGACUCAAUCUCUCAAGAGCAAUUGGUGACCAUGGCUACAAGCAAAACAAAAACCUCUCGGCAGAGGAACAGAUGAUCAGUCCGCUCCCUGAUGUUCGUUCCAUGACACUAGAACCCAAAGAUAACUUCAUAAUUGUUGCCUGUGAUGGAAUCUGGAACUCUCUCUCAUCUCAGGAAGCCUGUGAUUUUGUCUCUGAGAGGCUGAGUGAGGAUACCAAGCUCUCAAAGAUUUGUGAGGAGUUAUUUGACCACUGUCUAGCCCCAGACACCCAUGGGGAUGGCACAGGCUGUGACAACAUGACGUGCAUCAUCAUCAAGUUGAACAAAUUGAAGGUGGAGUCAAGCGGGAGUGCCAAGAGAACUUCCGACGAGGCUGGCAACGACGGGAUCAAGCAGGAGGACAAGAAAUUCAAAAGUGACGGCGAAUAAUGACCAAUAGGGCAUAGGAGAUUUUAUUUUCAAACUAGUGUUUAGGGUUGGGGCGGGAGGGAUUCCAGGGGUAGGGGGUCUUUGCUGGAACCUAGUGUUGUUGUUUCACUUUCCCAUGGGCCAGCCUUGUGAGGAAAUGGACGCAUUGAAGGCCGUGUGUCUGCAGAUUGCUCUCUCGCUUUCAACAGAUGGACCAGAGAGGAGAAUGCUGCAAUGAACUGUAGUGCAACUGCAUUGUACAACUCUUGCACGAUUGUGAGAAGUGUGGCCAUCUCAAAAUCAAGAGGUUACAGUAUCAAAGUGAAACCUUAGGGUGAAGGAAUAUGCCAGAAAGAGACUGUAAGUUAUCUCUCUUUUUAAAAUCACAGUGGCAGUUGAGGACCAAAUGCAUGUCCUGAGAAAUGGCUUUUUUUAUUCUUUUUUUUUUUUUCUUUUUUUUUUCUUUCUUAGAAGAAAAAAAAAAAAAACGAGGAAUCCUGGUGAACACAAGAAAUCCUUUUCUAUUUGGUACACACUGGAGGGUUAAAUAAAGGUGCUAGACACAUCUGUCUCAAAGAGGAGACACAUUAAGCUAUGCCAGAUUUUCCCCCCACCCUGCCAAAAACGUAUAAAAAAAACAAAAAAGAAAGAAAAAAGUGACUUUAUUUAAGCUUGAAUGAUAUUGAUCUUCUCUUGUAUUUAAUCUAAUGUGAGAUGGAAGAUGCGCGUUACUUGAGACUGUUGUAAACUGUGAUCACUGUAUUAACGAUAUUAGUUACUAAGUACCUGGAAUGAUGGAUAGAUCGUUCCUUGUAUAGUUGAGUUGAGGUUGCCCAGGUACGGGCUGCCAUAUCGUCAUUGAUUUGAGGUUUAAAUUCUCCAUUGGACAGCUUGUUCAACUACAUCAUCUCCUUCUGUUAUUUGUAGUUUUAAAACCUGAAUUAGUAUAUUUCAGGAAUGCACAUUAAAUAUAAAUAAUUUUUUUUGUAAAGAAGAAAAAAGAAAAAAAUCCUAUUGAAAAGGAGCUCAGGCUUUAACUUUUGUAGUGAUUUCAAAACACUUAUUGAUGUAGUGUUCGAGUGAGUUCUUCAGCACAAGUGUGAUCAUUGACGCUACUUCCCGCGCAUGUGCCGUUGGGCAAGGUGUGCCGUUCGCGUUAUCCCGCUUAAUGAGUGGCUCAACCCUCACCGGAGCGCUGUAGUGGGAGGUUGAUGAGGAGGAGUGGUCGUUGUAUUUCCCUUUUUUUUUUUUUUUUUGUUUCUUUUUUUUUUUUUUUCUUUUUCUUUUUAGGAAUUUUCUGGAACUUGUUUUAAAUUUUUUUUCAGGAUAUAUAUGAUUUUCUCAUGAAAUUUUCUUGUUUACUUCCAUCGUGGUAUGGUCUAGUGCAAAAUUUAUAUAUGUAGCUUUGGAGUUAUGCUGGCAGACUAUUUGUACUUUUACCAGAACAGUGAACAUGACUAUGCAGUUAAAGUUUUCCAUGUGAAAAAGUAGAUUAAUUCCACUUUCACGUUUGAAAUUGUUAAAAAAAAAAAGGGAAAGGAUCUGCCAAUUAAAAUUUUCUAGGAACCAGAGUGUGAAUGUAAAUCCAUGUGCAUAUAUAUUUUUUUUUCUUUUUUUUUUUCUUUUUUUCUUAUUUUCUUUUAGAGGUCUGGAUGUCGGAGGCAAUUUUAAUGCCCACUAAUAUUAGUCUUUUUUUUACAUAUAUAUGUGUGUUGGAUAAGUAACAAGAAAUUUAAUUAAGGUUAUACCCUUUGGUUUAUAUGUAUGUAUAUACACAUAUAUGUACAUGUAUGUGGUUAUAUAUAUGUAUGAAGGAAUUUUUUUGUGUGCACUUGUAUGAGUAUAAAAUACUUUGCAAGAAGAUAUACAUACAUAGGCCCACAUACAUACAUAGGGACACAAUUAUAUGUAUUUGUACACAUGCACACAUUACACACACAAUUAUGGAAGUAUUUGCACUUGUUAAACAGGUGUUUUCUCCUUUCUCUCUCUCUCACUCUCACUCUCUCACUCUC